AUGAAAAUUCUGGCAUCCUGUGCAUUUUUGGCACCUUUGGUGGCAUCGGCUAUCACAACUUCCUCUCCAGAUGCAUCUUUGGGAAAAAGGUCACUCCCUAACUCCCGUGGGUCCUCUGUUCUAAAGGCAGUACGCACCAUCGCCGCGGGAGAGUCCUUUGACGGGGGAAUGAAGACAUAUGAUCGCGGUGUUUCGUGCACUGGGCAGGCCGAAGGUGGUGAUUCUGAUGCUGUGUUCAUCAUUGAGUCCGGCGGCACAAUUUCGAACGUAAUCAUUGGUCCAAAUCAAAUCGAAGGUAUCCACUGCAGAGGGGGUUGCACUCUGAAUAACGUCUGGUGGUCGGAUGUUUGUGAGGAUGCUUUUACGGUCAAGGUUCAAGAUGCUUCACAGACCACUUAUAUUAAUGGUGGUGGUGCUUUUGGAGCUGAGGACAAGGUUAUUCAGCACAACGGAGCGGGCACAAUCUCCAUUUCUGACUUCUCGGUUGACAACUUCGGCAAGCUGUACAGAUCUUGUGGCAACUGCAAAAGCAUGUACAAGCGAAACGUCAUUCUGAAAAACAUAUCUGCCACUAGCGGCAAAACCUUAGUGGGUAUCAACUCUAAUUACGGCGACACGGCCAAGUUUAGCAACAUCAAUGUCAGCUCUGUGAAAAAUGUCUGCGUCACAUACAAGGGAACCACCAACAACAGUGAGGAGCCUAAGCAGGUGGGCUCUGGUCCAGAUGGUAAAAAUUGUCUCUAUUCAAGCAGUGACAUUCAUACCAAAAAAUGA